UUCCUUUUUUUCAGCAAAUUAAUUUUAAAUUAUUAGAAGUGUUCCAUAAAAAAAGAAAAAAAUACACGUCUCAAACGCUGAAACGCUCUCUCUCUGUCUCUCUCUCACUCAUAAAUAAUCAGCAAAUCAUUAACUUUCUUUCUCUCGCUCAGUUGGUUUAGAUGAACAACCAGCCAUGUCUAAACCACUGUUAUUCACCACCUUCUUCUUCUUCUUUUUGUUCCUAAUCCUCUGCGGUCAAUCUCACUGCCGCUCCAUCACCGACCGUACAUCGUCAUCUGAUCUGGUAUCCGAUGGGGUACAUGAUCACCGGGACACAUCGUAUCUUCGUCUCGACCGGUUUUCUUAUGCCGCUGAGUCUACCUGCGAGCAGACCUAUGGUUUUUUGCCCUGCACCACCACCGUGCUCGGUAAUCUCUUCCUGAUCCUUGUCUAUGGCUACCUUAUGUACACCUCUGCUACCUACCUAUCCAAUGGCAGUGAGCUCUUGCUUGAGAUUCUCGGCCCCGGGAUUGUCGGUGGUUUGUUCCUUCCUGUUCUCGGAGCGCUUCCUGACGCCAUGCUCAUUCUCGUAUCUGGACUUUCUGGAAGCCGAGAAACCGCGCAAAGUCAGGUUUCUGUUGGAAUGGGCUUGCUAUCUGGGUCUACUGUCAUGCUUCUUACAGUAAUAUGGGGAUCCUGUGUUCUCGUUGGCAAAUGCGAUAUUGAAGGUCCAGCUGCAGUUGAUGGAAAGGAUACAAAAGGAUUUAGUUUGACUGGUUCUGGUGUCAGUACUGAUAUCUGGACUAGCUAUGCUGCAAGGAUUAUGGCUGUAUCUGUUCUCCCGUUUAUUAUUGUUCAACUACCACAACUUCUCCAUUCAGACUCGGGAAGACAUUUAGCAGUAUUGAUAGCGCUUAUUGUCUCGGUUGCACUAUUACUUUCAUAUUGCCUUUAUCAGGUUUUUCAGCCUUGGAUACAGAGAAGACGGUUAGCUUAUGCAAAGCACAAGCAUGUUAUUUCAGGAAUUUUGCAACAUUUUAAGAAUAGCGCAAUGGGAAAGCUACUUAAUGAGGAUGGCCAACCCAACAAAGAAGUUAUACAUAAGUUGUUUUUGAGAAUUGAUGAGAACGGUGAUGGACAUCUUUCAGCUUCUGAAUUGAAGGCACUGAUUAUAGGAAUCCGAUUUGAUGAAAUUGACUUGGAUAAGGAUGAUGCUGUGGAGAAAGUGAUGAAAGAUUUUGAUACUAGUAAUAAUGCAUACGUUGAUGCAGAUGAAUUCUUCCGUGGUAUCUCUAGAUGGCUAGAUGAGGCAAAGCGUGUAGGGGAUGCCAACGAAGACCCUGGAUUUCGUACAAUGAAAUUUUUAAAUGAUUUUCACCUGCGGAUAAAGCAUGAGCAUAGCCUUUUGGGGGCGAGCGAUCAAGGUGAUGAGGUCGUUGAGGGUGUUGAAGAUGCCAAAUGGGUAACUUUCAGAGCCAUAUUAAUGUUACUGGUAGGAGCUGCUAUAGCAGCUGCAUUUGCAGAUCCGCUGGUAGAUGUUGUCGACAACUUUUCAGAUGCCACAAGCAUUCCCACUUUCUUUAUCUCAUUCAUUGCACUCCCUCUGGCUACUAACUCUAGUGAAGCUGUAUCCGCUAUAAUCUUUGCUAGCAGAAAGAAGAUUAGAACUGCCUCUUUAACGUUUUCUGAGCUGUAUGGGGCAGUAACAAUGAACAAUGUUCUCUGCCUAUCUGUGUUUUUGGCCCUUGUUUACGUUCGGGGAUUAACAUGGGAUUUCUCGUCGGAAGUGCUGGUAAUUCUUAUCGUAUGUGUUGUCAUGGGAAUCUUUGGCAGCUUCCGCACUAGUUUCCCUCUCUGGACAUCUUCAUUGGCUUUCUUGCUUUAUCCAUUCUCUCUUGCUCUGGUGUAUGUUCUGGAUUAUGUUUUUGGCUGGUCAUAGAUUUAAAAGUCAUAUUAAAGGGUGUUCUUCGGCUUAUCUUAAUACUUUCAUGGAUCUUUUCUCCUUUUUCACUUGUUGUAUUGUCUACAUAUUUGAAAGAUAUUUUGCUUUUAAGAUUUGAUUAGUAGGAAGAUUUAUUCCCAUUAGUUACUUUGUGUAACUUUGAGACGUGUUGGAGCACCUCUAUGAUCAGCAAGUUUUCUAAAUAUAUAUUUAUUGUUACAUCUA